AUACUUGUGGCUUGCUUACCGAUGUAUUGACAACAAACAGCUGUACUAUAUAAAUAAUGCCGCCGGAAAGAUCAGUUGUUUCAAAGAAAUUCGUGUGGAGCGCCGAAGCAACAGAAUGGCUCCUAGAAAUGUGGCUGGAGAAUCUUGGUGGCUUCCGCGGGAAGAAAAGAAAAAACUUGGAUAUCAUGAAGGAAAUGGCACACUCAAUGAGGGAGUUCAAUAUUACUUGGGUCGAGAUAAAGGCAAAAAUGGACAACAUGAAGAAAAGAUACCGCAACGAAUUCCUAAAACUAAAGUCCUCAGGAACUGGGCGUUCUAAGUGGAACUACUUCAACAAAAUGCGGCUUCUUGUGGAAGAUAGUGAUGAAGAAGAUGAUGAUGAUGAUGUGUACGACCGCGAAGCAGAGAGAAAGGCAAAGAAAGCCUUUAAAAGGAUGCAAAGACCUGAAAUACAUUCCAUAAAAGAGAAAUCGCCUGAAAUAAACGAAACCGAAGUUGAAUACCCAGAUUCGUUAGCCGAAUAUGAGUGUCUUGAGCCAGACUCCAGAAAUCGUUCCCAAACUGAGGAUUAUAAUGACAGCGAUGAAGACAUGCUAUCAAACUUAUAUUCAAAGCCAACUGAAAGAACGCAUGCCGAAAAUAUGUCAGAUUCUUCCAUGGAAUACGAUUUUCCUGAAUCAAACGCUAAGCGCUACAAGCGUGAUCGAGCCAGAGCACUGGGAGAGGAAAUGCUGGCCCUUCAAAGGGAAACACUCAAGGUCUUGCAAACGAUCUCAGAGGACCUUUCCAAUUUUCAUGACAAGUUCUUAAGAGCUCUCAAGCCAAGACGCGAGAAACGCUCUAGAUUAAGUUAACUAAAAACCUUCAUUUGGUAUAUGUUUAAAGAAUUUUGAUACAUAUGUAAGAUGCAAAAUAUUUUUGCCAAACUUGUAUAAAGUGUGUUGACUUAAAUUGACGAUUAAAAAUCAGAUUUGCUAUUCUUUCAGACGGUUACCAAGCCAUUGAAAGUUGGAAUUCCAACGCAUUUUUAUAAUCUGA